UUUUGCUGUUGAACUGCACGUCCACACGCUCCGCUUUGCAAACACUUGAAAGACUUCGAUCAGUCUGGUUAGUAGAAGUAACCUUCCGUGGACGAAGGUGUGCGGCACUCUCCUCAUUUGGCAAAAAUGAGUACUUUCAACUUAUUAAGAAGUGCCAACAGAGCUCUCAUCAAGCAGCCUCUCUGGGUGGCUCCCUCUAGAAAAUUUUCCUUAUCUUCAACUGCUUGGGAUACGCCUGCUACCACUGGAUCUAAAGCUGUCCUCCCAGGCCAUGAAUACUACCCAGGAAAAGAAGAGUAUAGCAUGGUGAUAGGUAACAGAGAAAUAGUUGGGUAUGGAGAAAUCCCCUACUACACCGAUUCCUUCAUGCAGCCCUGCCCUGCCAUCAGAUUUAAGGAGGUGGAUGAGGCGAUUGGAAAACUCCGAGUGAAAGAAAAGGGAGACUGGAAACAGUUGACAUUGGAGGAGAAAAAAACAUUAUAUAGAGCUAGCUUCAACUCCACGUUGGAAGAGAUCAAGGCUCCCUCAGGAGACUGGAAGAGAUGUGUGGGAGACAAUGCCAUCUUGAUUGGGCUGGUAUUUUUUGUCAUGGGUGUCAUUGGAGUAUCAGAUCCAGAAAAUGAGCCUAAGACUGUGACCAAUGAGUGGGUUGAUGCCCAGACUGAGUACCUGAUCAAGAGAAGAGUUCAGCCAGUGGAUGGUAUUGCUUCAUGGUACGACUAUGAAAACAACAAGUUCAAACCCACCUGGUCCAUCUUUACCACAAAGGAAACAUCUAAAUCUGUGAGACGUCUGAGUGAAGAGUGAAAUUUGAAAGACAAGAAAUAACUUAACAUAAUUGUCACUGAAAUGUUUGUUUACAAUAAACUGAUGAAAAAUUAGAA